AUGAGUGGAAUCGCCGGAAAUUCACCAAAUAGCCAACGAAAACAAAGCAACGCUUCUGACGACGAUACCGGAAGCAAAAAUGAAAAACGUGCCGGACGUCGUAAGAUAAAGAUUGAAUACAUUGAUGACAAAAGCAGACGUCAUAUUACGUUCAGCAAGCGAAAGGCCGGAAUAAUGAAGAAGGCGUACGAGCUUAGUACUCUCACAGGAACUCAGGUCUUACUUCUCGUCGUUUCAGAGACUGGUCUCGUAUACACGUUUACUACUCCCAAACUUCAACCUCUUGUAACAAAACCCGAAGGAAAAAAUUUGAUUCAGGCCUGCUUGAAUGCACCGGACGCUCCUACGGCCCAAGACGCAACAUCAACGACACGAUCUUCAAACAAUAAUCAAUCAUACGGAAGUGAAAGUACCACUCCGGUAGAAGGAAAUAAUAAUGAUGUCUAUGAGAAUGAUCGCAAGCCCCAACAAACUGGUGGUGGGCAAAUGGCACAAGCUCAACAACCAUCAUAUGCAGCACUUGGGUUGAAUCCCUACAACCAAUAUGGAGGAAUUCCAAAUAGCAUGACCUUGAACGCUGGUGCUGGGAUCGCUGCGCCUCCAUACAUGUCAGGUGCAGCCGGAUAUCCACAAUAUGGUCAAAACCAUAUGAACCAAUAUGCGACAAAUAACGCUUACAUGCAAUCGGCUGCAAACUACUGGGGACAGCCUACUGGAACUGCAACUAAUACAAAUGGUGCCGGAAAAGUGCCGCAAUAUUCAAAUCAAAUUAACCAAUCACCCGAAAAGAAGAAUUAG